GAAGAAGAGUCGUCCGGGUGACGUCAGCUAGGCGCUGCUGUGGAGGAGUCAGGAGGAAGAUGGCGGGGUCCAAGGUGAAGCAGGACAUGCCUCCUCUGGGAGGCUAUGCGGCGUUCGAUUACAAGCGAAACCUUCCGAAAGGACGACUUUCGGGAUACAGCAUGUUCGGCAUUGGGAUCGGCAUCAUGGUGUUUGGUUACUGGAGGCUAUUUAAGUGGAACAGAGAGAGGAGGCGCCUCCUGAUUGAGGACCUGGAAGCCAGGAUAGCUAUGAUGCCUCUGCUGCAAGCAGAGCAAGAUCGAAGAAACUUACGAAUGCUGAGGGAAAAUUUAGAAGAGGAGGCGAUUGUCAUGAAGGACGUUCCAGGUUGGAAGGUCGGUGAGAGCGUCUUCCACACGGACCGCUGGGUCGCCCCUAUGACAGAGGAGCUGUUCAACCUCCGGCCCCGAGAGGAGCUUUUGCACAAGCGUUUUGGCUUCUUGUGGUACGUUUAAGAACCACCGAGAUGAAGAGUCCUGAGCUCUUCCACCUUCCACAGCCACUAUCAAGUGGAACAAGCGCUCACUCAAUUCAGCUUGUAAAUGUUCAAAAUUAAACUUUCUUUUUCUGUAUAUCA